UUCCUGUCCGGAAAAACGCUUGCCGCGCCCAACUUUGUAUACACCACAGCACAUUUUAUUUCCUGUUAUUUGGAGGAAAAUAAGGGAAAUGUCAACCUUCACGUACACUUGAAGUUUGUGAUAAACAAGGUUUGUGAUGUCUUUCCUUCGCUGUUUCUAUAAAAUCCGACCAGUUUUAACAAGACCGUUUUCAGUAUCAUCCAAAAGCCUUAGCAGGUUCAAGGACAUUGCUACCUGCCAUGAGAUACUUGGAGUAAAGGUAGACUCCACUAAAGAGCAGAUCAAAGAGGCCUUCUUUGAGAAAUCAAAACAGCUUCAUCCAGAUGUUGACACCGGGGAUUUAGAGAAGUUUAAGGAAUUAAAUGAUGCCUAUACUAAAUGCUUGAACUAUGUGAGGGCACCAAAUGACACGCUUAUGCAGGAGUAUCAAGAUCAUGCCAAAGAGAAAGCAGAGAGCAAAGAGAGCCCCCAUAGCCCUUUUAUUGUGGAAAACUUCAUUGAAUACUCCAUCAUUUUCAGUAUAUGCUUUGUGGCCGCUUAUUUUGUGGCUGAUGCACUGUACAGAUUCCAUCCAUUAUCAGAUGGCCUGUCAUCUUUAGACGAAUCAUCAGGCGAUAAGUUAGUGGAGUAUAAAAGGCAGAUAGUCAAGUUGGAGCAGGAACAAUACGAAUGGCAAGCCAGACACAAAGAAUUACUGUCCAAACAGGCAGCAUCUAAAGGCAGCUAAUUAAUAGCAGUAAAUAACAAUAACAAUAUCCAGACUGCACAAACCAUUCGUUGUAUGAAAUGGACAAUUAUUAGAAUUAUGAUCCUUGGCUAGGGGCAGGUAAUCCUAAGCCAGGGGCAGAUCACUGAAGCUGGAGGGACUACCUUCAUUCUAGUAUAUAAAUGUAAAACAUGUGAUUGGUAUGUUGAUUUUAUUAAAAUAAAUGUUUGUAUAAGA